AUCUACUGCAGACCUGAUCUAACAUUUUAGAAUUAUUUCAAAGUUACAUUGGUUCGAAGUUGUUAUACAAAAGUUUGUACUGGUGAAAAUUGUUUUGGAAUAUCAAUUCUAAACUUUUUUUUUCAGAUAUUCGUUCUAAACAGCAACUCAGAUACUUACAUUCAUCUAAAGAAAAAAUGGCCGAAUCUGACGAAAGAACAAGACUUUUGGCGAAUGAAAAUAGACCACAGUAUCUCUUCAAUUCUAGCAUUGCUAGAGAAAGGCGGAAAAAAAUUAAGCAGUUCCAAUGUUUCUUAUGUGGUGCAUUUCUGUGUUUCGUAAUCCUAGCUCUCAUUAUGAGCAUACUUUUCUCUAUAACUAUGGAAUUCGAUGAUGAACAAAAUUUGAACGAAACAAAUUCAACCAUCCCUGAGGAAACGUUCAACAUCCUGCUUUCCAAAACUUGGCCAUUGGAUGACCAAAAAAUUAACAACAUAACAUCACAAAAUUCGACAAGCUGGGAGGCUGCACUGCUUUAUGGUAAAGUGUCGUUAAUGGAGAAAGACGAUAUUGAAAAAAACAUACCUCCCUUGCCAGUGGACAGUCCAAGUUAUAGGCACCAAACAGUGACAUCUACAUCCAAAAGAGCAAUUGAACUUGCCAGAGUGGGAUAUAUGGAAGAAUGUGGUAUGAAAUAUAUGCAUAGAAACGAAUUUUCGGAUAAAAUGAAAAAGAUAUGUCCUAAUGGAACAACUACACUUCUUGAACAAUUUUGCAAUUUGGAUACGCUCCCUUGUAACAAAUAUAAGAAUUAUAGGAGUUUUGAUGGCACUUGCAACAAUCUUGAUCACGCAGCAUCUUUUGGAGCUGCAUUCAGACCUUUCCGAAGAGUUCUGCCACCAAAUUAUGGUGAUGGAAUUAGCAGUCCCAGAUUGUCUAAAUCAGGAGCGCCUCUUCCAUCAGCAAGAACUGUAAGCUUAUCAGUUCACCGCCCAUAUUAUAGAGACGAUAACAAAUUCUCAGUUAUGUUGGCGGUUUGGGGUCAAUUCCUGGACCACGACAUAACAGCCACUGCUCUGAGCAAAGGUUCUAACGGCAGCAGCAUCUCCUGUUGUAUCAACAGGACCAUUGUCCACCCUGAAUGCUUUCCAGUCUUAAUAGAAAAGAAUGAUCCUUUAAUGGCUGAAAAUGUGACUUGCAUGGAGUUCGUUAGAUCAGCACCAUCACCAACUUGCUGUCUUGGUGCUAGAGAACAAAUGAACCAAGUUACGGCCUUCAUCGAUGGUUCUGUAAUAUACGGGGUGGAGAAAUCUCUCGUGGAUGAACUUAGGGCAAUGAAUAAAGGUCUCUUGAAGAUGCACGUUACCAAGGAUAACAGGACCCUCUUACCUGUGUCUACCAAUUUGAAUGACGGAUGCAACAGGUUAGAAGCAGGAAAAAAGGGAGAAUACUGUUUUGAAGCUGGAGAUCCGAGAUCAAAUGAAAAUCUCCAUUUGACUAGCAUGCACACUAUAUGGGCACGCCAUCACAACAAGAUUGCCAAUAAUCUAUCUCAAAUAAAUCCCCAUUGGAAUGAUGAAAAACUUUUUCAAGAGAGCCGAAAAAUUGUAGGAGCAGAAAUGCAGCAUAUUACCUAUAGAGAAUUCCUUCCAAUAUUAUUAGGUCCUAAACUUAUGACUGAACUGGACUUAUGGCCACAAAAAGAAGGUCGCUUCCAUAAAUACAACAAGACUAUUGAUGCUUCGAUAGCAAAUCACUUUGCUACUGCUGCAUUCAGAUUCGCACACACAAUAAUACCUGGUCUUAUGAAAUUAUUGGCUAGUGACAGAACAAGCCCCGAGUUUAUCCAGAUGCACAAAAUGCUGUUUAAUCCUUUCAAACUGUAUGAACCUGGCGAAAUGGAUAGGGCAAUGAGGGGAGCUAUGGAUACCAACAUUGAAGCAUAUGAUCCAUAUUUUACGAAUGAGUUGAAACAGCAUCUUUUCGAAAUGGACGAUGGGAAAAAUUCCACCAAACCCAAAAAGUAUGGACUGGACUUGGUUUCCUUGAAUAUACAGAGAGGUAGAGAUCAUGGUCUGCCAGGUUACGUAGAAUGGAGACAUCAUUGUGGCUUCUCAAAACCAAAAACCUUCGAAGAUCUUUCGAAUGACAUGGAAGAUGAUUCUUUGAAUAACAUUCAAUCUAUUUAUAGUGAUGUAGCCGAUAUAGAUCUGUAUACCGGAGCCUUGAGUGAGAAACCAUUGGGAGAAAGUAUAUUAGGCCCUACGCUCACAUGCUUGAUUUUGGACCAAUUUGUAAGGCUCAAAUAUGGUGACCGUUUUUGGUACGAAACUCCUGAUGUAUUCACGGGAUUCACUACUCAACAAUUGAAUGAAAUUCGUAAAAUCAGUUUGGCAAAGAUAAUAUGCGAAAAUUCUGAUAAUGUUACCCAAAUACAACCCUGGGUUAUGGAGAGGAGUAGGGAAGGUAAUGAGUUGAAGGCAUGUGAAGAUAUACCGGGUGUGGACCUUGAGGCUUGGAAGGAUCACAUGGAAAGGCUUUCUAUUGGUAAAAAUUCAAUAGAAGUGAAAACGACAAAUCCGACAUAAAUCUUGAAUACUGUGUUUUUAUUUAUUUUUAUUACCGAAGAAGUACGAAAAAGCUAGCCUUCUUUAUAAUCACUGUAUUGGUUUGUGUACUGAGAAAAAUAUUCCAAUUUUAUCAUAUAUUCGAUAUAUUGGCAAACAAACAGUGAUAGAGUAGGUUCAUGCAGAAAUUGAUGUUUCUUUUAUUUUUUAUAUUUCAGUUACUAUUAGAGAAUUAAUAAACCAAACAUAAUAUAUAAUUAUAAUCAGAA